AUGAAGACAGCCACAGUGUUGCUCCUGGUGGCUUUGUUCACUACGAACAUGAAUAUUUUCUGUGCUCUGUCUUCUUCUAAAAAAAAGCCUGGAUCUUGUCCUGAACAUUCCCCAGAAAGCUUGGGCAUUUGUGUUGAUCUAUGCUCAGGAGAUGGAUCGUGCCCUGGCAACUUGAAGUGCUGUAGCAAUGGGUGUGGCCAUGCCUGCACACGUCCUGUCUGUGAG